UACAUUGUGAGAUUGUUUAGUGACUAUUGAUAAGAGGUUUCUACUGUACGACAUGAUGGAUGGCCAAAACAGUAUGUAAAUCACGGAAGGGCUGCUCAGGGCUCAGUAUUUGGACCUGGUGUCUGAAAUCUUAUUUACGACCAUUUGCUUAGAAUAACCUGAUGAAACUUUCCUGGUCAGCAACGCUGAUGAUGUCGCAGUAGUCAUCUUUGCACGCAACGUAAUUACGUUUAAACCAGUACCGAAGAAGGAUAGCUGUCGUUAUCAAGAGAAUCAAAAAAUGGCUAAAUCAAAAUGUCUGCAAUGAAUUUAAGUAUGAGUAUAACGUUGAUUCAACAAUCAAUAAGUAGGAAAAGGAAAUGUUUGGAUCUCCUAUUGCAAUUGAUGCUCUAUCAGCACCAUAUUUACGAAAAAACUGUAAGGGGGUGGGGACGCUCAAAUAGAAGAUCAUCGCCUCGUGUUACUGUCGCUUGACCAAGGUUCUCUUUGACGGUGGCACCCACAAGGAUUCCCCGAGGUUGUCAAGUCGACUUCGAGAGUGGCACACUACUCUGUUAGUCAGUGGUCCAGUCGUUUACCGUCGAGUAAAGUUUAAAUUGUGAGGGUGAUUGUAACUGUCGGAAUUCAUAUUUUUCGGAUAUUCCGAAUUGUUUUUAAAUUUAAUAGUUUUUAAAUUAAAUACAUUUGUCUUUGAUUCUUAAAUUAUUAAAUAGCGAGCCAAAAACUAAGAUUUGAGUAUCAGCAGUUACCGAAGAAUUUAUACAAUAUGCCGGGUAUUAUUGAGUGGUAUCGCGAUCUCAUGCAAAAUAAAAUUGAUCAUAGAACCAGCGAUUGGUUUCUUGUUACUGGACCGGGACCGUUAUUGAUGAUUGUAGUAACUUACGUCUACUUUAGCACAUCAGCCGGUCCAAGAUAUAUGAGAGAUAAAAAACCAUACUCUCUAAAAAAUAUAUUAAUCGUUUAUAAUUUUAUCCAAGUGAUUCUAAGCUGUGUUCUAGUCCACGAAGGCCUGGUAAAUGGGUGGUGGAACGAUUAUGGUUUUGGCUGCCAAUCAGUCGACAGAUCAAUGAACCCUAAAGCUUUGAGGAUGGCUCGAGCUGUUUGGCUGUAUUAUAUUUGUAAGCUGAUCGAACUCUCGGACACAGUAUUUUUUGUUCUUCGAAAAAAGCAACGACAAAUAUCAUUUCUUCACGUAUGGCAUCAUGCCAUUAUGACUGUUACAGCUUGGAUCGGAGUAAGAUUUUUCCCAGGUGGUCAUGUAACACUUCUCGGUCUCAUUAACUCUUUUAUUCAUAUUAUUAUGUACGCAUACUACAUGUUAUCUGCGUUUGGUCCACACAUGGAAAAAUAUCUUUGGUGGAAAAAAUAUCUGACGAGAUUACAGCUUAUUCAAUUUUGUAUUAUAUUCAUGCAUAAUAUUCAGCAUUUUUGGUUAGACUGCGAUUUUCCAAAAUCACUUGCUGGAUUACUGUGCUUCAAUGCAGGGUUUUUCAUUUAUUUGUUUGGUUCAUUCUAUGUGAAAAAUUAUUUAUCGCCGACACCGCGCAAAGUUAAAAAUAGUAAAUCGAUUCAAACUCCAUCUACUACUAAUCACAAAAUCGACUGAUCAGAAAAUCACUGAAUUAUACAAUACUGCAAAUCUAAAUAAUAAAGCGUGAUCUCACGCUCGGAUAUAGUGAAAUUUAAAAAAUUUUUCUACAUUUUAUGUACGGUUAAGAAAUAGUUUAAUUAUUAAAACUUAAUUAGAGAAAUACAGGCAACCUCAGUAACUUUGGCCUAAUCAGGGCGAUUUGAACUUCUAGUAAAGUGUAUAUUUGAUUUUGUUUUACCAUGAAAUGUAGAUAAUAGGAUACUAAACUGACUGUUGGUUAAGCCGUUAGAAGAAAUAGUAUUUAAUUCAUCGCUGAAUAUUAUUUUUUAGGACCAACAUUGUUAUCCUGACGAAAGAAAGUUACCUAAAUUGACUGUACCUUACAUUAAAAUUAAGUCAUUAAAAUUUAUAAUUUUAUAUGUAAUAUGACUAGAUUUUCAGAUGAAGAACUCUCAACUCUAUUUUAAAAAUAAGUAUUCGUUUAAGGUUAUCAUACACAGAAAGAAAAAAAACAUAAAAAUUAGUGUUUGAAAUUAUAACCCGGAACUUGGGUGUCACUAUAGGGAAUUUUAACAUUCUAAACAAUACAUUUUAUAAUACAUGUCAUAAAUUUGUUAAGUAUCAGUUACGAUUUUUAAAGUUCAAAUAUUAAUUUUUCUUGCGUAGACAAUAAAUUUAAAUACUUAUCCUAUAAUUAUUAAUGUUUUAAUUAUAAAUUAAAGAAUUACUAUUUAGAAUGAUAGUAUUUACGGAUGACUUUAUCAUUACAACUUGUAGUUUCUAAAUUUAUGGAGUCAGUGGCGCAAGUGUGUGCAGUGGGUAAGUGCGCGCAAGCCCAUUCAUUUUGGACUGAAAUUAAUGGGUUUGCGCACACUUGCCUCACAUGACUAUAGUUCAUAUUUUCGUGUAGUCACAACGCUAAAAAAUAAUUUGUUAUUACCUUAAGUUAUUUCAAGGUGAAAUGAAAUAAAUCAGUUUUCGGUGCAAUUUUCAACAUAUAAUUAACUUAAAUUUAUAAUUUUAAGUAUCAUUGUACGUCAAUAAGUACGUAGUAGAUAA